GAGGGGGGAGGGCGGAGGGGGCGAGGAGGGGACCGCACCUGGCCGCCCCCGCCCCCGGCGUCCUGCAGCCCACCGCCGCUCGGCGUGCCAGCCCCGGCGGGGGGCCCAGGGGGGCGGCGGGUCCCGAGCGGCUCCGGGCCGAGCGAGCGGGGCCGAGCCGCUCCGGCUUCUUUGUCUGCGGGCGGCCGCCCCGGCCGCGGCCCCCCCCGGCCCCGGCGGCGAGCCGGGAGUCCAGUCGGUGGCCGCCGGGCAGCGGGCGAGCGGGGAGGCUGGGCCCCGGGCUCCGGAUGCACUAGGUGUGCACUGGCACCCACCCCACCCUGUGGUGACCAUGGAUCCUGUCGCCGCAUCUGACUCGUCUCUCACUGUCAAUGAACAGGUCAUCGUGAUGUCGGGCCAUGAGACCAUCCGAGUGCUGGAAGUCGGAGUGGAUGCCCAGCUCCCGGCUGAGGAGGAGAGCAAAGGGCUGGAGAGUGUGGCUGCCGAUGGCUCCCAGGGUGGAGGUCCUGCUGAGGCCGGUGAACCGGCUGGUGAAGCUGGCUCCCAUGACCCAGACCACUCUGCAGAAGCAACAGUGAAGUCGCUGCCGGGGAUCCCUGCCAGUCCUGCCCCAGCCAUCGCCACCUUCAGCCAAGCCCCAAGCCAGCCUCAGGCACCGCAGACCCUGGCACCGCUGGCUGUGCAAGCGGCCCCCCAGGUCUUGGCUCAGGAAAGCUUAGCCACAGUUCUGACAGGCGUUAUGCUUCCAGCAGGGGCUGUUACUCAACCUCUUAUUAUCCCCAUCGGUAUUGCAGGUCAAGUGGCUGGGCAGCAGGGGCUGGCCGUGUGGACAAUCCCCGCAGCAACGGUGGCUGCCCUCCCGGGACUGACCGCCGCCUCUCCUCCAGGGGGAACUUUCAAGCCACCUUUAGCUGGUCUCCAAGCAGCUGCCGUGUUGAACGCCGCCCUCCCGACGCCUGCGCCUGUCCAAGCUGCCCCACCAGCCCAGGCCUCCUCGCCCGCCCAGCCCCGGCCGCCAGCUCAGCCCCAGACGCUGCUCCAGACCCAGCCGCUGCUCCAGACCACGCCUGCCAUACUCCCACAGCCCGCCGCUGCCCCCGUCGCCGCCCCCGCCCCCAAGCCAGCGGACACCACCCCGCAGAUCACCGUCCAGCCUGCAGGCUUCGCGUUUAGCCCGGGGAUUAUCAGUGCCGCCUCCCUCGGGGGACAGACGCAGAUCCUGGGCUCCCUCACUGCAGCUCCAGUCAUUGCCAACGCCAUUCCCAGCGGGGCAGGGGUCAGCAGUCAGAUCCUUACCAAUGCUCAGGGACAGGUUAUUGGAGCAUUUCCGUGGGUAGUGAACUCUAGUGUGGCCACAGCGGCGCCGGCCCAGAGCCUGCAGGUCCAAGCCGUGACUCCCCAGCUCUUGCUGAAUGCCCAGGGCCAGGUGAUCGCAACCCUAGCCAGCAGCCCCCUGCCUCAACCCAUGGCUGUCCGGAAGCCAAACACCCCGGAGUCCCCUGCUAAGAGUGAGGUGCAGCCUAUCCAGCCGACCCCGGCUGUGCCCCCGCCCACGGUGCUCCUCACCAGCCCGGCCCCCGCACUCAAGCCGGCCGCCUCCGCCCCCAUCCCGAUCACCUGCUCAGAGACCCCUACAGUCAGUCAGCUGGUGUCAAAGCCGCACACUUCAGGCCUGGAUGAGGAUGGGAUCAACUUAGAAGAGAUCCGGGAAUUUGCCAAGAACUUUAAGAUCCGGCGCCUCUCCCUGGGCCUGACACAGACCCAGGUGGGCCAGGCUUUGACUGCGACAGAAGGCCCAGCCUAUAGCCAGUCAGCCAUCUGCCGGUUUGAGAAGCUGGACAUCACACCCAAGAGCGCCCAGAAGCUGAAGCCGGUCCUGGAGAAGUGGCUGCACGAGGCGGAGCUCCGGAACCAGGAGGGCCAGCAGAAUCUGAUGGAGUUCGUGGGCGGCGAGCCCUCCAAGAAACGCAAGCGGCGCACGUCCUUCACGCCGCAGGCCAUCGAGGCGCUGAACGCCUACUUUGAGAAGAACCCCCUGCCCACUGGCCAGGAGAUCACGGAGAUCGCUAAGGAGCUCAACUACGACCGAGAGGUGGUGCGGGUCUGGUUCUGUAACCGACGCCAGACGCUCAAGAACACCAGCAAGCUGAACGUUUUCCAGAUCCCGUAGGGCGUGGCUUCGGCGCUGGGUUCCAGCACUUUCCUCCUUCAGCCACCUACCGGCUGCGGCUGCGCGCCUGCUGCCCUAGGUCGGGAGACUCCACCUAUGCAUGUGUGUGAUGCCUGCCUCUCUGCCCGCGUAGGCCACGCCCCGGGGGGGCCCGACGGGCUGCACGAGGGCCAUAGGCUCUGGGCUGGGCGCAUGGGAGGAAGGGGCUUGUGGCGUCCUUUUUAGCAAAGGUGUCCGGAGGGAACCGGAAAGGCUCUGUCUUUGGGGCGGGGCUGUGGCAACUCUCACUGUGUAUUAGCGCUUGUUUCCGGUGGCACCCCUUCCCCUUCGCCCCACAAGGUUGUGCCAGUGUGACAACUCACCCGGUGGGCCCGCAGCCUGGAACUGCCCUCCCUUACUUUGUACCCGGGCGCACCGAGACCCUUCAAGGACCGAGGAGGCGGAAUUCAGGAGCGUGUGGUGUGCUAUCCGAGUUGAUCUCGAGGACAGAGGGCUCCCAAAGCGUUGGGCCACAGGCCUGAGGUCAGGCGCCUGGGAUUGCACUAAGUCAGAACCUUUCCUUCCGCAAACAGCGCUGGAGGCAGCGAAAGCAGAUUCGCCCAUCCUGGGGAGCCUCAGGCCUGUGGCAGGCCUGGGAUUUGGUAAAUAGGGCCGCCCGCCCAGAUUUUAGUCUAACCUUCCUCCGUGGCUCUCUCCCAGCACUAGAGUAAGCUAAAGAGAGCUUUCAGCUUGGGAAAAUUUCCACUGCCCGCGUACGCAGCCUGCAGAGUGUGCAACCAGACUUUCUCCCCCUCCUGCACCCAGACCCAUCUCAGCGCAAUACUGAGGUGUCUUCAAAGGAGCAAACCGAACAAUAAGCCAGACAGCAAGGAGCUGCGGCGGAGGGGAGGUGGGGGAGGCAAUUUCCGGAAGGAUGGCGGGCCAGGAAGGUCUCUUGUGGAGGCUGACGUACCUCUGGGUUUUUUUUUGUAACUUUGCAUCCUGGAUGUCGGUGUCUGUGUGUGAGCAACCCCCGGCCCGCUCCACCCCCAUCCCUCUGUAGUGCUCCUCAGAGCCGAGCACAGCCCAGGUCAGGGUGAUGGCAUGCUGGGGGCUGGCAGCACAUCUAAGCCACUAAGUGAGCUUCCGGCUACAGCGAGGUUGGCCAGUGGCUGAUGAGCGCAGCCCAGCAGGUGCAAGGCCCAGGAUUCAGCUUGUAGCACUGAGGGGAAACAGUAUUUAGUUCCAGGAAGUCAGGAGAGAGCUAAGGUGCCGACUUGGCUAAGCCCAGACUGGCCUCGCAGACUGUCUCUAACAGGCUACAGGCUGUGGGGUCAACCAUUUUUCUACUUGGGCUGGUUUGCUGCUUUCUGAGAUAGGAUCUCUCUUGGCCCAGCCUGACCUCAAACUUGUAGCUGAAAACGACCCCUUCCUGACUCUCCUGUCUCCACCUCCCAAGUGCUGUGGUUAGUCGUCUGCCGACAUGCCCACCUCUUCUCCAUCCUCGGCCUUGCAUGGCCUGCAGGCUGCUUGAUGUCCACCCUGUACCCUGCGCGCUCCUCCCGGAGAUGAUAGCCAAACAGGGACUGUCUCUGCUGGUCACAGUGCAGAGACCCUGGGCCCCAGCUUCUCAUGUACUCGGGCCCCUGCCCUGUGAGUCCCUCUGUGUCCUGCUGAGCCAGUGUGGAGGACUUCCUGGUAGCUCUGACAGUGAGAGGAGGACAGUUGUGUGCUGAACACACGCGUACACGCACGCGCGCGCGCGCGCGCGCGCACACACACACACACACACACACUCUUCACUGCGUUCCAACCAGCCAGACCUGCUGGAGUUUGUCAGGAAGAAAGAGGCAGAAGCUGCUGGUUCUAGAUCCUGUGAGCAUCAGCCUGCUUCCACGAGACAGGAAGUCGGGAGGGGACUGCGUGUGGGCUCUUAGUCGGGAUGCCUGUGGUCCCGAAGCUUAGCAAGGGGACACGCUUGAGAAAAUCAUACGCAGCUGUCCCGGCUCAGAACCUGCACUCAGAAGUGCUGUUUUCUCUGGGGUGGCAGAAUGUGGCCAUGCUGUGGACACGCAAGAGGGUGCCAUCUGUUCUGUGGCAUGACGGGAAAAAGAAUCGUGAACCACUGAUCUAAAUUAAGCCUCACCAUGCUUUCUCACCCCAGCCUUUGUCUAAAUCUGUCUUCCCGAGGCUGGGCUGGAAUAAACCAUUUUCUCCUGUGUUGGAAAGGCACAUCGGUCAUUCAGAAGAACAGUACCGGGCUCUCCAGGCUGGGCUCCUCAAGUAGGGGGAGCGGGGUAUGCAUAGAGUGCCCGCAGUGGGGUUCACUUGGCUUCUGAACUCUGCCCCUGCUCCCCCAUCUGAGUCACCACUCUGCAAGGCAGUUUUUUUUUAUGUUGGGUUUGGGUAGCAGUGGACAGUAAAAGACUGUUACUAGCAGUUUGAUUUUGAAAGCACCUUCUUGGACUGAAGCCCGUGCACAAUGCCUCUUUUGCCCUGGAAAGACAGGAGAAUGGGCAGAAACGGCUCUGCUGUAUGCUUGGUUUGCCUUAAGAGAUGGGAAACCAAGCCUUUCUGUGGACUGCUGAAUCAGCGAGGCUCUCUGACCCUGCACUGACUAUGGCGAAGUCCAGAGGAGAAACUGGUCACAUGAACUGUGAACUCACUUGCGUCUGGAGUGAGAACACCUGAUGUGUUUGUAUUCUUGAAAAUCCGGUCACCUUGGUAAGCCCGGGGUUGCUUUCCUGCCCCGCAGCCAGCUCCUGAAGCCCUGCCGGUCUCCGGGCGUGGGGUCACUGUCCAGGAAAGCUGUGGACAGCAGGGAGAAGCACUUGAUGUAGCUGCGUGAAUAAACAGUAUUUUUUUCUUUUGUA